GUUCCGGUGGCGGAUCGCCGACCGGGCGGAGCUGAUCGCUGCGCGGGCUGCGAGAGCUAGGUGGCCGGGCGUGGAGCCCAAGCCGUGCCGCGCGGCGCCAUGAAGGGCAAGGAGGAAAAGGAGGGCGGCGCGCGGCUGGGCACUGGCGGUGGCAGCCCCGAUAAGAGCCCGAGUGCGCAGGAGCUCAAGGAGCAGGGGAACCGGCUCUUCGUGGGCCGCAAGUACCAGGAGGCGGCGGCCUGCUACGGCCGCGCCAUCACCCGGAACCCACUUGUGGCAGUGUACUACACCAACCGGGCCCUGUGCUAUCUGAAGAUGCAGCAGCCUGAACAGGCACUUGCUGAUUGCCGGAGAGCCCUGGAGCUGGAUGGGCAGUCUGUGAAGGCGCACUUCUUCCUGGGGCAGUGCCAGCUAGAGAUGGAGAGUUACGAUGAGGCCAUUGCCAAUCUGCAGCGAGCCUAUAGUUUGGCCAAGGAGCAGCGGCUCAACUUUGGGGAUGAUAUCCCUAGUGCCCUUCGCAUUGCUAAGAAGAAGCGUUGGAACAGUAUCGAGGAACGGCGCAUUCACCAGGAGAGUGAGCUGCACUCUUAUCUCACUAGGCUCAUUGCUGCUGAGCGAGAGAGGGAACUGGAAGAGUGUCAGAGGAACCACGAGGGUGAUGAGGAUGAUGGCCACGUCCGGGCCCAGCAGGCCUGCAUUGAGGCCAAGCACGAUAAAUACAUGGCAGACAUGGAUGAGCUCUUCUCUCAGGUGGAUGAGAAAAGAAAGAAGCGAGAUAUCCCAGACUACUUGUGUGGCAAGAUCAGCUUUGAGCUGAUGCGGGAGCCCUGCAUCACACCCAGUGGUAUCACUUAUGACCGUAAGGACAUUGAGGAGCACCUGCAGCGUGUGGGCCACUUUGACCCUGUGACCCGGAGCCCUCUGACCCAGGAACAGCUCAUACCCAACUUGGCCAUGAAGGAAGUCAUUGAUGCAUUCAUCUCGGAGAACGGCUGGGUAGAGGACUACUAAGGCCCUAUGUCCUGCCUGGCACCCUGGCCCAGGAGGGUCUGGAGACAGAAGCUCCAGUCCCUGUAUAUAGUUUGUGUCCCUGGGCCUGCCCCCAUCAGUCCUGCUGAUGGGUUCUGAACUGCUCCCCUACUCGGCAUACCCCUUGCUGGGCCAUGAGCCUCCCCUGUCCCCCUUCUGGGUUGGAAAGCGGGUAAGGGUGGGCUGAGGUUGCUGCUGCCGCCGCCACUGUCCUGUAAUAAAGUCUGUGAGCACUACA